AUGUCAGCAACCUUACAAUCUACCAGCAAUCGCUCGCAAAACGAAAGUUUGAAAGAAAUGUUUCAGCCACACGAAGCACUCGAUCAUCCAUGUGAUUUGACUUUGUUGGUGGAAGACGGAAAAGAAUUCAAAGCUCAUAAAGAUGUUUUGUCGAAGGCCAGUCCCUUUUUUGAAAAGCUGCUGAACAGCGACAUGAAAGAGGCUAAAGAGGGAAUAAUUCGGUUGGAGAUGAGUAACGAGUUAGUGAUGUCUGCUGUACUGGAGUUUAUUUACACUGGUAGCGUUCAAACAUUAGCCCCUCGAGAGAUGGCCGAAAAUCUUGUCUUUAUGGCUGAUUACUUGUUUCUUCCGAAAUUAAAAGCUCUUGCCAUGCGAGUUGUAGAAAACUUAGAGGCCAUGAAUGCUUCAAACUGUAUUUCAAUCUACCAUUUUGCAGAAUUGUAUCGAUGCGACGAAAUUCUGUCCAGGACCAGACAGUUUAUCCUAGCAAAUUUCACAUCCGUAGCCAAAACAAACGAGUUUUUUAAUUUGUCCAACGAGGAAGUUGAGAUGUGGAUUUCCAGUGACGAAAUAGAUGUGACCACCGAGGAAAAUGUGUUUGAGAUCAUUUUAGCAUGGAUUGAUCGAGAUAAAAACGAACGAAAGAAAUAUUUCGCUGAUUUAUUUCGUCAAGUUCGACUUGUUUAUGUAUCACGCGACUUCCUAUGCGGUGUCAUUGCGACCAAUUACCAUGUGAAAGUUAAUGACGGAUGUUUGGAUCUUGUGAAGGGCGCUCUGAAGGCAAUUGACUCAAACAACUUCGACGAUUUAUCUACCCCACCAAGGAAGGCCCCGACCAUUGUGGUGUGCAGUGAGGAACACGUUCUUUGUUAUUUCCCUCGCGAAGACAGAUGGUGCAAUGUAGGAGACAGUUUAGGUUCACAUCACCGAACUCAGAUAGCCUCUAUUUGUCAUAACGAACUGUAUUCUUUUUCUCCAUCAAAUUCAGAGGUCCCUAUGUCACAAAUGCACCGCUAUGAUUUGUUUUCUAACACUUGGACGCCAUUACCGUACUAUGAAGAAGGAGCUAUGAAGCAGAUAGUUGUCAGAAAUGGUUGUGAAAUUUAUGGUGUGGUAACUAAAUACAGGUGCCCUGAGUGCAACAGAAGACUGACUGGUUUCUGUCCGUGUCUCCUUUCAUUAUACGGCCAGGAACAUUAUUCAUGCUUCAAAUGCAAAGGACGACUUUCACAUGCAGUCUGCCAGACUUGCCUUGAAGGCGAAUUCGACGUUUCUAUGAUUUCGAGGUACGCACCGGAGUCAAACGUUUGGCAAGACAUUACAUCUUUUGAUUCGGGUUUAAGGGAAAGAGUUUGCCUUGUAGCCAGUGAUAAUUUUAUUUAUUUCAUUGGCGGUGGAGUACGCGGAGAAAUGAACAAAUACCUGAGCGAUGUUGACAGGUAUGACCUUAACCAAAACACUUGGGAGAAAGUAGCUGACAUGCAAGAGGAGAGAAUGCUGCCUUGUGGUGCUGCAGCACAUGGAAAAAUUUUCAUUGCUGGUGGAAACAAAGGGGCGCCUGCUGACACUUGUGAAGUGUACAACGAACGAUCGAACGAGUGGGAGAUUAUAUGGGGCCUGGUCACUAGGAGGAACCAGUUCCGCCGUAUGGUGUGUUGCGAUGGCAACCUAUACUUAUUGGGUGGUUGCUAUGGCGGCGACUCUGAAGGAGCAAUAGUUGAGCGCUAUGAUUAUGAUAACGACGAGUGGAUCAAAACCACCACAAUACCUUUCCAACAGAAUGAGAAUGAAGAACUUGGCUUUGCAAGUGCCUGUUCAAUGGAAAUUUCUAAAAAUAAUCUCAGCUACACUGUCUUGGAUUCAGCGUCAAUUGGUGUGACAGAGCAUUUGACAAAAAAGACAACUCGCGCUAAUCAAGUGGCGAAGACUUCUCAUUAG